CCGACUGAUGACAAUGGAUUAUUUAGAGUCGCCGUAUCCUACAUCAUUCUUUCCUUGUUGUCUCCCCCUCUUCUAUCAUCCCAUUGUCUGAUUGUUCGCCGGCUCGAGGCUGCUUUGAUUCCUUUGUGUUUGGUUUCCUUCUGGUGAUUGCUCAUCUCGUUGACGGCGUUCGGGUCGAUUGUGCACAUUGUUUCCUUGUUGCUGGCCAACAAUUAUUAUUAAACACAAUCUAUCUCUUCGAGUCGCCUGAUUGAAUUAAUUAUACCACACGUACCUUCCCCCGGCGGUCACUCAUUUUCCUACAGCAUUACGACAAGAUGCUUUUCAUUAAGUUGGCAAAAAUGUACUUCCAGCCUUACAGCUUGCUGCGUUUCGCACCUUAUCUCUUGAUCAUCCCGAUCGUCGUAUUUUAUGCUCUGUCCCUCGCAGGGUGUGUGUCGACCUCACCCGCGAUUCCCAACAUCUACGCCGUCGCCCUGUGCGCCAACAGCAACAACUCCACCAACAACGCAACCGACGCCCCGCUUCAAGUCCGCAUCGGCUACUUUGGCAUCUGCGGCAUCGAUGACGAGGGAACACGCUGCCAGACCGCCUCGGGCCGUUCCCUCGAGACCCUCGCGGCCGACCUGUUCCCGGAGCUAGUCAGGGGCAACAACAACAACAGCAGCGACACCGAAACCCCCGGCAAGUCCUCUGAGACCCCGAAAAGGAAGCUGAACAACAGCAAGAUCAACCAGGACGUUGCCGAUCUGGUGACCACCGGCCUGGACCUGCAGUCGCGCACCUUCACGCCCAUCCUGGCCGGCGCGGCGGCGCUCUUCGUCCUGGGCCUGGCCGCGCUCGUGCUGUUCCAGCGCGACGUGCGCCGCGGCGGCGGCACCGCCGGAGGCUGGGAAGCUGCGGCGGCGGCGACGGCCCACCCGCGCCGCAGCGCCGCCAUCCGGCGCGCCACCUACGGCGCCCUGUGCGGCUCGGCCGCCCUCGCCUUCGCCGCCGCCGUCGCGACCGGCCAGGCCGCCGGCGCGCUCGAGUCCGCAUCCGAGGGCAUGGCCCACGCCUCGGUCCUCAUCAAGAGCGGCACCACCCUCCAGGUGCUCCAGUGGAUCGCCUUUGCGUUCCAGAGCCUCUUCAUCCUGGCCGUGCCCUUCUUGGUGCGUGGCGGGGCCCAUGCCGCCGAGGGGGGGUUCAAGGGCGAGGCUUGAGGAAGGGGAUGUUUGAGACAAGAGGAUUAAUCUUGAAGGGAGAAAGGAGGGGAGGGCAGCUGGUGGUUGUUGACGUGCGAUGCGAUUCAGGUUAUGGCUGGCGCUUGCGCGGGAGGUUGUCUCUGCCAUAUAUCUCUCUAGAUUCCUGCCGUGUCUGAUCGAUACACUGCUGUUGCAUAUUUACCUACUUAAAUAAUCAAUAACGUUUUGGUCGAAC